AUGGAUACAAGUACUCGCUUAGAGCCGCCUCGGUCUUUGACUAGCGAGGAGACUUUACUGCAAAGUCCAGUCAUGAACAACAAUGAAUUUGAAGGCUUUAACAACGAUGGAUCAACAACAGCUGUGGCACCGAAUGACGAAAUCUGUGCUGAAAGCGCCGACACUGCUCUAGACCCCUUGCAAUUUUUGACCGAUAUUGACAAGCUGGCCUCCCUUGACGAAGUAGAGCAUGGAAAGAAGAUCCGCAAUCUAGCAAGAGUAUCUCAAUACGAGUCUUUGGGCAAAGAUGUAUUGACAAGAGAGCGAGAAGCGGGAAACUUGACGAUGCGCGCGAGGCAAAGCAUUCUACACCAUACCUUCACUACCCUUCGGAUCGACGAUCUUGAGAAAGAGAUGCGCGAUUUAAGGAACAUCAUCCAGAACAAAGACGGCGAGACAGAAUCGCCAGUAUCUAAAGAGGACAAGUUUCCUAUCCACAAACAUGAGCUUAGGGCGUCGACUAUCGAUGAGUUUCGCCUCAAUCGCGACAGGGUCAUGCUGCCUCCGGAAGAACAGCCCGCGCUCGAGAUGCAGCUCAAUCCUGCGGCGAUAUCUGCUCCUUUGUCUAAGGAGGUAGGCCGAGAAGAACAUGAAGCCCCUCCACGACUGACCCGCGCACCAACAAUGGAUAGCAAAGGAACUUAUUACAUGCCCAUCGAAAAGCUGAGGAUUCGAUCCCGCCCUCUCAUGACUCAUCUUGAAGCUCUCACUGGCCGCUCGAUGAUAUCCGUCGCGGACAGUGAUACGUUACUCUACGAGGACGUUUUUAGCGCGAUCGUCAUUCUGCGACCUUUCAAACUUUUCGUCAGAUAUGAGACAGCCAUCAGGGAAAGUGUGGAAGAUGUCGAGUCGCUGAUAGAAGCUGAUGCAGCACGAAAGGAAAAGAAGGGCGUCGAAGACCGCAAGUCCAACAACUCUUCAGAGGAGAAGUACGAGAACACAGACCUCCUAGAAGAUUUGGACCUUCUGGUUCGCUUCCUUGACAACGACCUUCGGCCCAUGUUUGACUUCCGGCAGCAGAUCAAGGAUGGUACCGCGAGUAGGAUCGAGUACUCCGACCUCUGGCACCUUUUCGAAAGAGGUGACAUUGUCAUAGCUCGGGCACACCAGGAUCACGCCUACCUCGUCGUCAACUUUUCUGGUGGUCGUGACGUACUCGCAAAGGAAUCAACAAAGGAGGAAACCCCAAUUACUGUUGGAGGCUUUGUUGUAGACUGCGUGUCCCUUGGAAGUAACGGAUCGACAUACGUGCCCAAGCUUGAAAAGAUCUCCAUCAAGAAGUUCCACGGGAGUCAGGCCAUUUACAAUCUUGCCGUGUACCCUCUCCGCUUUGACCCCAACGCGGCCGAGAUACGUGCGAGAUUCCUCAGUGAGGGUCGCAAGUUCGUCCGAUUGACACAGAGCCCUUUCUGCCACAAAAGGGUCUGUGGCAGGACUCUAGAUGAACCAUCUCACGAUCUUGAUGCUCAAGUGAUUGUCGACAUGUCCCUCGCCAUGAACGCCAAGAGUGAGUGGCGCCUCAAGCAAACUCUAUCAACCGACGAGUUGACGCCGAGGGAUAAAAGAGAAACAGAGGAAAGGUCCUGGUGUAAGCAUACGUAUAGAGAAUCUUGCUGUGGAGGCGAUGUCAUCUUGAAAGACUUGGAGAUAGACGACCUGGAAGCUGAGGAGUUCGCUGGUAGAAUGGGAAGAAUAUUAGGACCGCUGAAAAGUGAGGACCUAACAGAAGACGAUCUGAUGUUGAUGAGACCUAACCUGCAUGCUUUUGUUCUACGAUCACGGCAGUGGGUCACUGUUAGAACAGCGGAUAUUCACGAUGUUGUUUUCGAGAACAGUUUUAACGACCUCAUACUCCCACCCGAACACAAAAGAACGGUUCAAGCACUAGUCAAAACGCACGAGAAUGGAAGAAAUUCCCAAGACUCCACCAAAGGGGGCUCUAGCAUUGGGGUAGCCCUUGAUCUUGUAAAAGGGAAGGGAAGUGGUCUCAUCAUCCUCUUGCACGGCCCACCAGGUGUGGGUAAAACAUCAACUGCAGAGUGUGUGGCCGAUGAUACGAGAAGACCACUGUACCCCAUCACCUGCGGUGACAUCGGCGAGACAGCAGCUGAGGUCGAGGCAAACCUGCAGUACAAUUUCCAACUCGCCCACAAAUGGGGCUGCGUGCUCCUUCUCGACGAGGCCGACAUCUUUCUCGCGAGACGAACGAGAACCGAUCUUCGCCAUAACGCUGUGACCAGUGUUUUCCUUCGCAGCCUUGAGUACUACGAGGGUAUUCUGUUUCUCACAACAAACCGGGUGGGCGUCAUUGACCCUGCGUUCAAAUCGAGAGUCCAGAUGUUUUUGUUCUACCCGAAACUUAGUCUCGAUGUGACCUACAAGCUCUAUGAGAAGUUCAUACAACGCGCCGAGGAUGAGCAGAAUAGAACUGGGUCUUACUUCUUCAAGAUCAAGAAGAAAGAGAUUCUGAAGUUUGCAAAAAGUCAUUUCCGUCGUCUUGAGAAGAGAGGAUGGGAGACGUGGAAUGGAAGACAAAUCCGCAAUGCAUUUCAAACAGCUAUAGCCCUCGCCGAGCACGAAAGUAUGACCAUGGAUGUGCACGGCACGAAACCAUCACUCGGCAAGGAACAGUUCGAGAGGGUGGCAGAAGGGUUCAGAGAGUUCGAUGAGUACCUUAUCACAGCCACUGGAUCCACUGAGGCAGACAUAGCCAAGCGAGAGGGGAUCCGAAACGAUGCUUUCAUGACCACGCCUGUAGUACCUAUGGCUGCCAUUUCGACGCCAGCUUAUGGAACCCAGCACAAGCAGAGGGUUCGACCCUCGGCCUAUGAUUCCAGUAGCGAUGAUGAUAGCGAGUCUGAGUCUGACACUGAUAACGAUGAUGGGUCAAGCAGGCAAAGAGUUGAUGGCAGAAAGGUUACCGUCACCUUGACCAACAAACAAUCCGACGUGCCAUCUGCUGGAUUGAGCCAACAGGAACAAUACCAACAGUUCCUAGAUUGGCAGAAGAUGCAGGCACAAUAG